AUGGAUCCACCCGGACCGGACGACCCCGCCACCGCGCGCGCGAGCGCCUCGGACGAACUCUUCGUCUUCGACGACACCGCGCAAAGACUCGUCGCCGAGCAAAAACCGUGGACCCGUGACCCGCACUACUUCAAAAAGGUAAAGAUCUCAGCCUUGGCUCUGAUGAAAAUGACGCAACACUGCGAACGGGGCGGAGAGAUCGAGGUGAUGGGGACGCUGCUCGGGCAGACGCGCGGCGACGCGUUCGUGGUGACGGAUGCGUUUGAGCUCCCGGUCGAGGGCACGGAAACCAGGGUGAACGCGCAAGCAGAGGCGUAUGAGUACAUGGUGGAACACGUCGGAGCUAUGAAGCGGACGGGGAGGGGAGAGAACGUCGUUGGAUGGUAUCACUCGCACCCCGGGUACGGGUGCUGGUUGUCGGGCAUCGACGUGAACACACAAAUGUUAAAUCAGAGGUACAACGAACCGUUCAUGGCGAUUGUGAUCGAUCCCACGAGAACGUGCGCGCAGGGUAAGGUUGAGAUCGGGGCGUUUCGAACGUUUCCGGACGGGUACGCGCCGCCAGACGAGGCGUCGACGUCGAAACAACAGACCAUUCCGCUGAGUAAGGUUGAGGACUUCGGCGUGCACGCGAACAAGUACUACUCCUUAGACGUGAGUUUUUUCAAGAGCUCUCUCGACGCUCGGAGUUUGAAUCCACUCAAGGAGCAGUACUGGGUGAACCCUCUGAGCUCAGCGCCGUUCUUGAAUAAUCGCAGGCUCGUCGCCGGACAAGUUUGGGAUAUCCAGAGUAAAAUCGCGAGCGCUGAGCAGGCGCUCAAGCGUGGCGGCCCGACCGGCGCGAUGCCGAGAGCGGCCGCGGACGCGCCGGAAUCCCCGAUCGCCGCUGCGACGCGCGACGCCGUGGCGCUCGCGGUCGAACAAUCAAAAGGUUUCACCGCGCACGCGGUGAAGAGUGCGCUCUUCGACGCCGCGCGCGCCGUCGACGCCAUAAAAUCCCUCGACCAGAUGCAAAUAGACUGA